AUGGUCAGGUCAACAACCAUAUUCAGAGUGACAGAUGGAUUGCCAUUAGCGGCGAGUGUGGAUGAUGAAAACACGGAAAAAGCUUUGACGGAGUAUAAGCAACAAUCGAAAUUGAUAUUCAGAAGAUUGAACGCAAAUAGUGAACCUGCAUGUUCGAUUGAAUCAGGUCAAUAUACAUUGCACUACCUCAUUGUGGAGAAAGUGAUUUAUAUGUGUAUAUGUGAUUCGAAUUAUCCCAGAAAAUUAGCUUUCAGUUAUCUAGAUGAAUUGUCAAAAGAGUUUCAAAGAAGUUAUGAAGGUAAAAUCGAUGGUGUUACCAGACCUUAUGCGUUCAUGGGAUUUGACACAUUCAUAUCUAAGACUACAAGACUCUAUAGAGAUUCAAGGACGUUGACUCAAGGUGGUGGAACGGCAGCUUCUUCAUCUUCAUCUUCACAACCACCAAAUCAACUAGAUCAACUCAAUGAAAACCUACAAGAUGUAACUCGAAUCAUGACUAAGAAUAUGGAAGAUUUACUAUGGAGAGGUGAUUCCUUAGAUCGAAUGUCGCAUUUAUCGACUUCACUUCGAUCGGAAUCUGCUAAAUAUAGAAAAGCAGCUAGGAAUAUAAACUUACAAGCUCUACUUCGAAAAUGGGCUCCCGUAGGUGGAAUCGGAUUCUUCUUCAUCUUGUUCAUUUGGUACAGAUUCUUCUAA